AUGCACAAGCCAUCCAUCGCAGAAGCUGUCUACAAUGCCACGUUUCCUAGACCGAAACCUACCGACCCGACGUCAUUCUCUGUGCAUAUUGCGCGGAAUCUAGUUCCAGAAGUGAGAAUUGAAACACAAGCCUUCUACGGACUGCUCGAUUCCAUUGAAGCGCAAUACCCCGGGCUCGACUAUUCGGUCUUUGACGAGCUGGGUUUGACGAAGGCGGAGAUUGCGUCGCUCUGCCGGUGGGAAGGGACAUUGUCGGCCCGCCAGAGGUACGAAAAGGAAGAAGGCAUCAAGGUCCGUGACACAACUGCCGAUAGCGUUCGUCCUGCCACCCCCGCACCUACACCGUCCGCACGCUUCCACACAGAGACGGAACCAUCGACCCCCGCAGACGGCCCUGUUACACCGGAUGAGUGCGUUCAGGACCUCCUGCCACCAGUGACAACGCACCAGAAGCACGAAGAGGACGGGGAUUACAGCGAUGAAGAAAUGGAGAGCUACGGAGUACAGCUCAACCAGCGUCUCAUGUACGCAACGGCUGCCCGCGAGCAAGGCCAUAAUAUCCCCCUGGACGAGGAUUGGGAACAAUGGCUCAAAGAAGCGCGCGAACGAGGCAGCUACGAUAUGAUGGAUGUAGUACGAACUGGUCAACCACUGGAGACGAGAUCAAAUGGCCCUGCUGCUUCGAUGCCUGCACUAAUGAAUCAACUGGCAAUAGCCGCGCAACAACCGGUAUCAGUCCAUCCAGGUGCGGGUUAUCGUCGUCCGUCGACUAAUCCGUCGGGGGUUGCUCAAUGAAUACAACAAUCCGAAUACCAUCUUCUUCUAUUUCGGAGGUCAUGGUAACCGGUUCUUAACUCACUUAGCAGCUAUUCGUUCGAUCAGGCGCGUUUUUGGCGUUGCAAGGCGCGCUCUUCAUAUCUGGUUUGGCGUUCUUUUACUUCCUUACUCCAACUCUUGCUUUUAGACCAUUGAUUUACCUUAUUUUCUGUCGACUCCUUUCCUAUCGACAUUUUGUUCACACAAAUACCCUUGAAUUUUUUAUGUUGCUUACAAUCCAAUCAUUGUAUUUCUUUUCACAUUAUUACGCUCAAUAUCCGGCAUGUUGACCGUUCUUCAGAUUCAUGGAAAGCAAAAGCUCCUAAUUAGCAAUGAUAUUCUUAAUCUAGAAUUACUACAACCAAAUAGCAUUACUUUUUUUUUUUU